UUCACCUAUUUUUAGGAUGAACAUGACACAUCAGAUUAAUAUAUGUAUUAAAUAUUUGUAAGGGGAGCCGGGUAAUGAAAGCCGGGCCUAAUAUUUAUGGGAACCAAAUCUCGUCCCGCACAUACCACUAAAUCAAAACCCAAAAGAAAAAAAACAGAGACUGUUCACUCGCCUCUUCUCUUCUCUUCUCUUCCAUAUUACUAUAUUACACAAAAACACAACCAACCACCAAAAUAAAAUCCCGAUACAACAAAAAGGAAGAGAAAGAGGCCUUUUGGAUUUCUUUUUCAUUUUUUAUUUUCAAUUCAAUCGCCAUAAACCCUAAAUUCGAAAUGCGAAUGAUGACGUGAGAGAAGCUGGAAACAUGGUUAACCAACGCCAAACCAACCCCAAACCAUGGGGCACGCUGGAGGAGCUUUUGCUCGCCUCCGCCGUCAACCGCCAUGGGACCUCCAGUUGGGACUCCGUCGCCAUCGAACUGCACAAUAGAACCUCUCAAUCCCCUUCCUCUCUUACUCCCCAAGAUUGUAGGAACAAGUUCUACGACCUCAAGCGCCGUUUUCUCACCCAAAACCUCCACGAUUCUGAUUCUUCCUCCCUCCUGCCUAUGCUUGACGAGUUGAGAAAGAUUCGGGUCGAAGAGCUCCGUCGCGAUGUUCAACGUCGGGAUGUCUUGAUCGUGUCAUUGGAAAUGAAGGUUAAGCGGUUGGAGGAGGAGAGGAACCCCAGUUUCCACGAACCCCAUGGCGGACCGGAUCCGGACGCGGACGCCGAAAAAACGAAUCUCCGCCCUCAAAACCCGGCCGCCUCCGAAGACGACUCCGACAAUCGCAAGAACAUUCGAUCUCCCAACGAAUCCAAUUCGACGAGUAAAAAAUACGAUGUUCGACAGAACGGCGUCGUUCAGGAGAACCCGAUACCCGAAUCAGUCAAAAUCUCAAAGAUCACGGGAACCGGGCCGCCCCGAACCGGUGAUAAACCGGGGAGGAAAUGGUCAUUCAACGGCGCAGCAGCGGAGCCAGAGCCGGAAAGAGAAAAGAACUGGGUGGCGGGGGGAGGACAUAAAGAAAGAAAUUGGAGGAGUUCGAGAAGGAGUCAAACGGCGGUGGGCGAUUCGAACGAAGCGUGGGAAUCGGUGAGCGAGUCGAAGCAAGAAGGGAGAGAGGGGGCUGUGUCGAAGCAACAAAGUAGCGACGUGCAGAGCUCAGGCAGUUUGUCUCAGAGGAAACGGUGUCGUAACAGCAGCGGCGAAGAGCCCGAGGUGUCACCCGCCAAGCCCAAGCCCAAGCCCUCAGCCGUCAAAUCUGAAGCGUUGCUCAAAUUUCUCGAGAUCAUUCGCUCCCAUCGGCUUGGCUCUGCCUUCGAGCGCCGCGUACGGAGCCAGGAAUCGGAUAGAUACAAAAACUUGAUUCGCCAACACAUCGACCUGAGAACCAUUCGCGCUCGAGUGGUUAAAGGCGCGUAUGCGGAUUCAUUUCACCCGUUCUUCCGAGAUCUCCUCCUCCUUUUCAACAAUGCCAUCAUUUUCUUCCACGCAACUUCCCCCGAAAACGAUGCAGCGGUUAAGCUUCGGGCUCUCGUGUUGGAAGAGAUGAAUGACAAAGCACGAAAGCCCCAGCCCACCAAGCCAUGUACUACUGCAAUGGUGGGGUGUCGUAAAAGCGACUCCGUUGCGGCGGUAUGGGAUGUGGGUGGCAAAAAGGCGGAGAAGAGUUCAAGGGAGAUUAAAGGGAAAUGGGAGGUUGGUGAUUGUGUGGAGAUAAAAAUAUACGAGAAGGGUAGAUGGAAGAAGGGUUUGAAUGGGAGGAAAAAGAAUGGGGAAGUGAAGCACGAAUACGGGGGGAACGAACUUAGCUCUCACGAUGGGAUGGAGGUUGGAAUGGAAAAGAAAGAGAGAGUGAGGAAGAAGAAGAUGAAGAUGAAGAAAAAGAAGAAGAAGCAAGGGGCUGUAAGGUUCUUGAAGAGAAUGAGGCAGAAUUGUUGUGAGAGUUUAAAAGAAGAAGAAGAAGAAGAAGACGAAGAUGAAGAAGACGAAGAAGACUUCAAACACAAUUGGAAGUUUCAUUCUUUUCUUUUGAAUCGCGAUGGGAAUUGA